UCCACAUGGCGAUACUCACGAAGGAUACAUUUGCUUAUUAAAGCACCACACGCCACUCAAAACAGACGUUCGGUACGAUUUAUACACAGAGAGAGUAGCAGAGCAGAUUACCAGUGAAAGGAAGAAGACAAACAUGGGUUUGAAGGAAGAUUUUGAGGAGUAUGCCGAGAAAGCUAAGACUCUUCCACCAACUACAACAGAUGCGAGCAAGCUUAUUCUGUAUGGACUUUACAAGCAAGCCACUGUAGGGCCAGUGAACACCAGUCGUCCUGGAAUGUUCAGUCCACGAGAGAGAGCAAAGUGGGAUGCAUGGAAAGCUGUCGAAGCUAAAUCGAAGGAUGAGGCAAUGAGUGAUUAUAUCACCAAGGUAAAACAGUUGCAGGAAGAAGCUGCUGCUUCUGCUUGAUGCCCUCUUUAAGUGUGAUGCUUAUCGGCUUCUUGUGUUUGCAAUAGUAAACUCUAUUCUAAAUAAACGUUGUCAUUCUGUUUCUCGUGGUUUCUUAUCUAUGUGUACUGUUUAUUUAACUUCAUUACAUUGUGUACUCAACUCAAAAGGGAUUUGAAUGUCUCCAUGUUUCCCUGGUUUCUUGUGAUUUGAAUCAGAGCUGAACUUGAAUGGUGUCUGAACCCUA